AUUAUAGUAUAGACAUUAGUGAUGAUCCAAAACACCAUAAAGAAAACAACUUAUAAGGCAACUUUAUGUCAAAGUUAACCAACAAUAGUCUAUUAUGUCUAAUUGUCUAUCUCAAUUUUCUAUCUUAUAAGACCAAAACCAAAUAUGAUGAGAAAGAAAGUAAGAACUUUGUUAUUCCUUUUAAUUGCUUUAUCUUUAAUCCACCAAACCUUUUCAAUCAUCUAUAUCGAACUUUCCCCUUUCAAACUUUUUCCCUUUUCACACAUCUACACCAAAAAAGAAAAAAGUUGAUCUAAUUUUAGAUCACUCCUCUCAUAGAAAACGAAAGAAGAAAAGAAAAUUAAAUCUUGAACCAAAUUCUCUGUUUAUUUUUUUUCUCAUAUGGGUACUCUGGUUUCUCUCACUACUGUUAUAAUUCUUUCAUGGAUUUUAUUUAGUGAAGCUCAGGGGAUCAGAUCAGCUCGUCUUCUCGAUCUUCUCAUUAGAGACUUUACGUUUAAGUCUUUAGACACCAACGUAGGGACUGGACUACUUCACUCUGUUUCGUUACCGAAAAAUUUCUCCGGCAUCGGAGUCAACAUAGCAAGGUACAGAUGCGGUAGUCUCCGGCGAUAUGGUGCGCAGGUUAAGGAAUUUCAUCUGGGUAUUGGCGUUACGAUUCAUCCAUGUGUUGAAAGGGUCGUUCUAGUGAAUCAAAAUUUGGGAUAUAAUUGGUCAAAUAUUUACUACGAAAACUACGAUUUAUCUGGGUACCAACUAGUCUCCCCUGUUUUAGGUCUUCUAGCUUAUAACGGCGGUUCCGACGUGAAUACCAGCGACCCUUUCGAGGUCGGAAUCAUCGCCGGAGGCAAACCCAUUUCCGUAAACUUCUCAAGCAUCACGAAGCUCAAAAACGAAUCGGGUGUAACGCCGUUAUGCGCCAUUUUCGAAAGUGAAGGGAAGGUGAGUUUAACAAAGCAAGCUUCGCCGUUCGUGUGUUUGGCUAAGAAGAACGGUCAUUUCGGAUUGGUGACAGAGAAACCUUCGCCGGCUAUGUUGGACGGUAAUAGUAGUAAUGGUGGAAAGAAAGAGAGUAAGUGGAAAGUGGCAGUGGGAAGCUCGAUCGGAGCUGCUUUAGGAGCUUUUCUACUGGGUUUACUUCUAGUAGCGAUGUUUGUGAGAGGGAAGAAGAGGACGAGAAUGGAAGAAUUGGAAAGAAGAGCUUAUGAAGAAGAAGCACUUCAGGUUUCAAUGGUGGGACAUAUCAGAGCUCCGACUGCUUCUGUCACUCGAACUAUGCCUAACACCAUUGAACAUGAAUUUAAACCUCCUAGGCGGCACCGUUGACUAAUGUUCAUAUUUGUUAGUUGACUUUUUCUUUUCUUCGAGUUCAUUGUCCUCUCUCGUCAAUUAUGAUUAUUAUCGUAAUAUUAUUUUUUUGUAACAUUAACUCAGAAAUUUUUGAACUUUGUAGUUUGGUUUUGAAACAAAAAUGGUAGAUUUCAGAACCUUCUUUUUUCUA